UGAGGGACCGCUGAGGCGCUUCUGGCUCGGCUGCCCCGCGGAGGAGGCGUCCGGAGCUGGGCACGGAGAUGGUGCUGCCGCUGGUCUUGCGCUGACUCCGGGGGCGGGCGGGCGAGGGAGGAUCGGGGGCCUGGAGGAGAAGAAGAAGGGGCAGGGGGGAGCGAAGGCGCCGCGGCGGCUGGAUGCGGGGAGGGGAAGGUCCGCAGCUGUCGGGCGUCGUCGCUGUUAUUGCCGCCGCCGUUGCCGCUUCUUCAGCCCCCGACCUUCCUCCUCCGUCCUCUCCGCGGGAAGGCGAGGCGGCGCCGCUGAAAUGAAGGAUACCGGAGCCGGCGAAGAGAUGGGCACUUGGCUCUUCAAGCAGCUGAAGCUUCACUUGGAGCAAGAAUGGAAAUACCAGCCCCAGGAGAAGGGCUUGAGCCUGAUUGAGUGCACUGCGGAGAAUGAGAACACUUUAUGUCCAAGACAGAGGAACGCAAAAGUCGAGGAUCUCUGGAGCCUGACCAACUUCUUUGGGUUUGCCAUGGAGACCUUUGUCCUGGCUGUCAACAUCCUGGACAGAUUUUUGGCACUCAUGAAGGUGAAACCAAAGCAUUUGUCGUGCAUUGGAGUCUGUUGUUUCCAGCUGGCCGCUCGAGUAGUCGAAGAGGAAUGCAACAUUCCCUCCCUCCAUGAUGUCAUCCGCAUUAGCCAAUGCAAAUGUACCGUGUCCGACCUGAAGCGGAUGGAGAAAAUAAUCUCGGAAAAACUACACUUUGACUUCAAAGCUACUACUGCCUUAACCUUUUUGCACUUGUACCAUACUAUUGUACUCUGUCAUACCUCAGAAAGGAAAGAAUUGCUGAAUCUUGACAAACUGGAAGCACAACUCAAAGCUUGUAACUGCCGACUAGUUUUUUCAAAAGCAAAACCAUCCAUCUUGGCCUUGUGCCUUCUCACUCUGGAAGUCCAGACUUUGAAAUCCAUUGAAUUGUUUGAGAUCGUCAUGCAUGUUCAGAAGCAUUCAAAGAUAAGCGACAGCGACUUGCUCUAUUGGAGAGAGCUGGUCUCAAAAUGUUUAGCCGACUACUCCUCUCCUGCGUGCUGUAAGCCAGAUCAUAAAAAGCUAGUCUGGAUUGUUUCAAGACGUACCGCCCAAAACCUUCAAAACAGCUACUACAGUGUUCCUGAGUUGCCCACCAUCCCCGAGGCUGGAUGCUUUGACGAAAGCGAAAGUGAGGACUCCUGUGAAGACAUGAGCUGUGGAGAAGAAAGCCUCAGCAGUUCUCCGCGGGACCUGGAGAGCACUUUCUUCUUCGACCUCAAACCCAAAGCCAAGUGGCAGGCUCUCUUCUGACUUGCUGUGCUGCAUGGAGCUGUUAACGUUAUGGUAGUACUUUCGGCAAUAAGUAGCUAAGCACACUCUGAACCUUGGCAGGAAUUCUCACUAUGUCUCCAAACUGUGUAAUGUACUUUCCCCUUUGGUGUGGCAGUAAAGUCAAAUGUAGCAAGGUAGAUCUCUUUGGCCAACCGAGGCUUCAGCAAGACGCAUUAAAGGCACGCUGCCUCUUAGUGCUUUACAAGAUGGCUAUAAAUGCACUGGAAUGCCCUGCUGAAUGGGAGACCUCCUGGGGUUAUACAAGGUUAAAUCUGAACAAGAUGUUUGGAGGGUUGGCUAAGCUGCAAAGAAGUAUGUGCUUUAUUUCAUUCGAGACUGAAGUACUUAGCCAAAACUUUAGUUGUGCAUUCUUUUUAUGAAAGGAGUGUUGUUUUUCUUACAUUUGUUCAGUUUCAGGAAGCUUAUUUAAUUGGGCAGAUGCUCAGAUUAUUUAGGGAGGUGUCGAAGCCAGGUAACAGCUGGUUAAUACGCGCUAGGGCAGGGGUGUAAAACUCAUUUGUUACGGAGGGCCGGAUUUGACAUAAAUUGGAUUUUGUUGGGCCAG